GCUCUUUCGUCAGUAUUUCUGCAAACGUUGAGCAGUAAACAGCCUGUACCUUCUCACAUCCUUACGGAUUAAUAACUAAUAAACAAAUAUGUGUGACGACGAAGUUGCCGCUCUUGUUGUAGACAAUGGCUCCGGUAUGUGCAAAGCCGGAUUCGCCGGAGACGAUGCCCCAAGAGCCGUCUUCCCUUCCAUCGUCGGCCGCCCAAGACAUCAGGGUGUGAUGGUUGGUAUGGGUCAGAAGGACAGCUAUGUAGGAGAUGAAGCCCAGAGCAAGAGAGGUAUCCUUACCUUGAAAUACCCAAUUGAGCACGGUAUCGUCACCAACUGGGACGAUAUGGAGAAGAUCUGGCAUCACACAUUCUACAAUGAACUCCGUGUAGCCCCAGAAGAGCACCCAGUCUUGCUCACUGAGGCCCCACUCAACCCCAAAGCCAACAGGGAAAAGAUGACCCAGAUCAUGUUUGAGACCUUCAACGCACCAGCCAUGUACGUCGCCAUCCAGGCCGUGCUCUCACUGUAUGCUUCCGGUCGUACCACCGGUAUCGUACUCGACUCCGGAGAUGGUGUCACCCACACCGUCCCAAUCUACGAAGGUUACGCUCUUCCCCACGCCAUCCUCCGUCUUGACUUGGCUGGUAGAGAUCUUACUGAUUACUUGAUGAAGAUCCUCACUGAACGUGGUUACUCAUUCACAACCACCGCUGAACGUGAAAUUGUCAGAGAUAUCAAGGAGAAGCUUUGCUAUGUUGCUCUUGACUUCGAGCAGGAAAUGGCCACCGCCGCUUCUUCAUCCUCCCUCGAGAAGAGCUACGAGCUUCCCGACGGACAGGUCAUCACCAUCGGUAACGAGAGAUUCCGUUGCCCAGAAUCCCUUUUCCAGCCAUCCUUCUUGGGUAUGGAAUCUGCUGGUAUCCAUGAAACCACAUACAACAGCAUCAUGAAGUGUGACGUCGACAUCCGUAAGGAUCUCUACGCCAACACCGUCUUGUCUGGUGGCACCACCAUGUUCCCAGGUAUUGCCGACAGAAUGCAGAAGGAAAUUACCGCCCUUGCUCCAUCAACCAUGAAGAUCAAAAUCAUUGCUCCACCAGAGAGGAAAUACUCCGUCUGGAUCGGUGGCUCCAUCCUUGCUUCCCUCUCCACCUUCCAACAGAUGUGGAUCUCCAAACAGGAAUACGAUGAAUCCGGCCCAUCCAUUGUCCACAGGAAAUGCUUCUAAGCCAUUCGACAAAAUAGACACUUUAAUAAAUUUGACAAACAGGACAGUGCCGAGCAAAAAAUUAAAACUUUAUUUAAAUUCGCAACAUUCUGUUUUUAUUAUUCAUUCGUAUUUGAAGUUAUUUAUUUUUAAAAUUUAUUUUAUCGUGAUGGAAACACUUUGCUUUAUUUCUUCAAUUGCCCUAUUUCGAACUGGACUUGUUAAGCUUUCUAGGGCGCAUGCGCGAGUCACGUGAUAUCAAACUUUGAAUUUUUUGAGAUAAAACAGGAAUAAAGAAAGCAAAGUGA